CCGGCGCAUGUCUUCUUUACUACAUCUACACGCAAUUGGCGUGAAAUCUAUCAAACGCUGAAUAAUUUCCUCUGUCUGUUAUUUUCGUCCCGAACACGUCAUCCCGGUUUGUACGGGAGCAGCUGCGGGAUUCCAAGCGUUCUUCUGGAUGUUUCACGGGAUCCGCGUUCUGCAUCCGUGGCGGGAUGCGUUGUGCGCUCGGUCUACUUGUGAUUCGGGUGUGUGUCGCGUGUCGGUUGAUCGGUUAACGUAGUAACGUCUCCAUCCUCUCUUCCCCCGUUCACGGUCUACCGUAUCGGUAAGCGGCGCCCUUAACGGGGGCCGUACCCGGGGGUCCCGCCGCUCUGAUGGCGGCUGCGCCCGGUGAAGAAGAUGUGGACCGGCGGCCCAUCAGAAGAGCCCGAUCCAAGAGUGACACGCCGUACAUCACCGAAACCAGACUGUCAUACACGCUACAGACAGUAGAGGGCGCUGAGCGUCUGGCGGCGAUGCGCUCGGAUUCUCUGGUGCCCGGGACACACACACCACCAAUCCGCCGGCGCAGCAAACUGGCCAGUCUAGGACGACUCUUUAAACCAUGGAAGUGGAGGAAGAAAAAGAGUGACUCGUUCAAACAGACAUCUGCCGUUCUGGAGAGGAAGAUGUCGACGCGUCAGAGCAGAGAAGAGCUCAUCAAGAGAGGAGUGUUGAAGGAAGUGUUUGAGACGGAUGAGAUGUGUGAUGACAGACAGACGGUCAUCAGUCCAAUAUCAGAAUCUACAGACACCAGCGUCACCGUUACAGUUUCUUUCUCAGAGGUCCAGUCGUCUGGAGAAACAGUGACAUGUCUCGCUGAUCUCGUCUCAAAGCCAUCGCAAGCCCCGCCCUCUGUUAAACCUGUGCCGUUGCCAAGCGACAGUGCUGACAUCACACACAUGAGGCCAUCAUUGUUAAGACAGCCUCCCGCCUUACUGCCAAAGCCAUAUAACAGAAUACCUAACCACCUGACAGAAACUCUUGCUAAACUGUCUCCACCUCUCCCUCCGAAGAAAGUGAUGAUUUGUGAACCGGCACCUUCGUUUCCUCUGAAAUGUCUGCCAUCACUGGCCACACACAUGCACACACACACUCUCACUUACUCUCACCCGCAGCAGUACUCUACAAUACCCCUCUCUAUACAUCCACCCAGCCGCAUCAUUGAAGAACUCAAUAAAACACUCGCGCUCACCAUGCAGAGACUAGAGAGUUCUGUACUGCAGGUGGUUCCGUCGGUCCUCAUGGAGACUGAAGAAGAGAAAGAAAACAGAGACUCACCAGUCAACACACACGAGGAAGACGAGGACGAGGAAGAUGACGAUGACUCGCUGUUUACAAGUACACUGGCUCUACGGGUCUUACGGAAAGAUUCGCUGGCGAUCAAAUUGAAUAAUCGGCCGUCGAAGAGAGAACUAGAGGAUAAAAAUAUUCUGCCCAUGAUGAGUGACCAAGAGAGACUCGAGUCCAGACAACAGAUCGGCACCAAACUCACUCGUCGACUUAGCCAGCGACCAUCAGCAGAAGAACUAGAACAGAGAAACAUCCUCAAACCUCGGAAUGAACAGGAGGAGAUUGAAGAGAAAAAAGAAUUAAAGAAAAGACUCUCAAGGAAGUUGAGUCAGAGGCCGACUGUAGAGGAGCUCCGAAAGGCAAAGAUUCUCAUCCGCUUCAGUGAUUAUGUAGAAGUUUCGGAAGCUCAGGAUUACGACCGUCGAGCGGACAAACCCUGGACACGACUCACCGCUGCGGACAAGGCUGCCAUACGUAAAGAACUCAAUGAGUUUAAGAGCUCAGAGAUGGAGGUACACGAGUCGAGUCGACAUCUAACCAGGUUUCAUCGACCGUAGGAGUCCAUGACGGAACCAAUGAGCACUCUUUAAGGAGCUGUUAAACUUUAAUCAGACCUUGUUGACUCUGAAGGCGAGACAGGAAUCACCACGUAGGAAAGAUUUCCGAUCGGAUACGACUCGGAGCAUCCGAUCCCGAGAGUUUCGCCCUGACCAAUUCACAGCGGAAGGAUUUUAGGAUGUCAACGGAGAGAAAGCGAGUUUGUGUGUGCAAAUGUGUAUAUUCUGAACAAUAACGUUUAAAUAACCGAAGUAUAUGUGCUCAUUGCCAUUCGUUUUUAUUUGCCAGGAUGACAGUUUUUAAUUCAACAGAUCACGUGGUGGAUUUUCUAAGUAAUUCCACUUUCCGGAAACAACAGAAAUGACUUUUAUACAGAAAAACGUCUUUAACUCUGAAAGCUUUCAUGACAGGAGCACAGUGGAGGAGGUCUCGAUGGACGUGUGCUACAGUUGAUUGACAGGACAAAGCAAUAAUGCGUUAAAGCCUCGAUAUGCGUCCUGUUUUCGAACAAGAACGCUUAACAUUUUUGUUUAAUUUCUCUUUAUCGGACUUAUGUCUCAGUGUGCGCUCAGAGCUGAAGUUAAACUCGCUACAUUUUAAUAAACAAGUGCUUGGCUGAAGUUUGCCAAGUAUGGUGUGGGGCAUAUUGUUUGGAGCAGGGGCGUAGCAGUCUUUUAAAAGUUGGGGGGGGGACACAUCUGUUGGUAGGUGGCUCGCACAGACCCAACCAGGGCUGGACUGGUAAUCUGGCAUACCAGGCAUUUUCCCGGUGGGCCGACACACUUUGGAGCCGAUCAGGGUGGGUCGGCCCCGAAACGGGCCGCGAUAAACUAAAAUUAGCCAACGCAUUAUGCAAAAAGGACCACAAAACGGCACAUAAUAUCAAUUACAAUAAUGCCAAAAUUUUUUAUUUUUUACUCUGUGCAUUGUGAGAUUUAUAUGUAUCCAUGUGGCACAUUCACCUAAAUUCGUUGAGAUCCAUUUAAUGAUUCAGUGACCAUUUCUGGUGACAAAUGCAUGAAAUGAGUUCGUAAAAUGCGAAGAAUACUGUAUACAAAUCCGCCAUUUGGACUCGGUAUGGGUUUAGCUUGGAAAAGUGUGGGGGUCAAAAAUCACCUUUUUUAAAUAAUGUGGGGACGUGUCCCCCGCGGCUGCUACGCCCUUGAUUUGGAGCACACCCUUUAAACUCCGCCCGCUCUACGGGGCGCUGUUACCAAAAUGGGGGUUUGUAUUCAAGAGAGACAAAAAUAAUCAGUGUUAUGUUAUUUAUUAUUAUUUUCACAUUUUAUUGUCAGUGAUCACACAGAAAUUGUGAAACAAUGUGUGACAAUACAUUGUUUUUUAACUGACUUUUAUACUAAACAUAUUGGCAUUAAGCAUUAAAGGAAAAGGUCAACCAAAAUUAAAAUUGUCAUUAUUUACUCUCCUUCAUGUCAUUCUAAACCCAUAUGCUGUUAUUUUAUGG